CCAAGAUGGCUGCUACCCUUUCACCUAUAGGUCAUGUGCUCUGGCCCGUCUAGCCCACUUGGCCUCAUACUCUAUGACCUAAGAGUGAGAGACUCAGCGCUUGCUUGCUACCUUUGCUAGUCGUCGGCCCGGUGGGGUGGUUUAGAUUGGAUGGCUGCUGUGGAGAGCCUAAGAGUUUCCGUAAAAUCGGGGGGAGGUGGUACGGACCCGGAGCCCAUGGAAGUGGAGGAAGGCGAGCUGGAGGCCGCACCGGCGACGAGGUCAUCACGGGAGGUCGUGCCGGAAACCACCAGACGAUAUGAGAAUAAGGCAGGAACAUUUAUAACUGGGAUUGAUGUCACUACCAAGGAAGCAAUUGAGAAAAAGGAACAGAGAGCAAAGCGUUUCCAUUUCCGUGCAGAAGUUGAUGACCAUCAGAGGAAUGUUGUAUUGGACCGAGAAAUUGUGAGAAAAGCAAUCCCAAAAGUUCGUCUAGAAGCAAUUUAUAUCACUGGUGUGGAUGAUAUGAGCACCCAAGAUAUCUUUGGAUUCUUUAAACAAUACCCACCUGGUUUUAUUGAAUGGCUGGAUGAUUCGUCUUGUAAUGUAGUUUGGCUUGAUGAAGUAAGUGCCACUCGUGCUCUAUUAAACACAACCUCGAUGUCCACUGACCUGAAGAGUAAAACUAGAAAGGUGAAGGAGAGCACCACUUCAAAAUCUAAAAUGGACAGACAUGCAGACAGCUCUGGUGAUGAGACGGAAGAGGGAGAGGUGGAAGAAGAUAAUCCUAGUGACACAGAAGUGGAAACUGAAAAGAAACCAGUGCCAUUGCUGGAUAAACUUUCCCAAGCUGAGGAGGACUCCAUACUCCAAAAUGAGUUACGGCCUUCUUUGAAGUUAGUGAAAGGAAAUCACCUGUACAUGAGGUUUUCUACAGAUGAUGACAAGAAAGAACAGGGAGCAGCACGAAGAAGUCAGUACUAUAUGAAGUAUGGGAAUCCAAACUAUGGGGGCAUGAAGGGGAUCCUGAGUAACUCCUGGAAGAAGAGAUAUCAUUCACGUCGUAUCCAGCGGGAUGUAAUUAAGAAGAGGACAUUUAUUGGAGAUGAUCGUUUAACUCCAGCAUACAAGCACCUACAUUCGGGUUUGGUAAAUGUUCCAGAGGAACCUAUUGAAGAGGAGGAGGAAGAAGAGGACAUGGAUGAAGAUGAUCGUGUAGUGGUUGAAUAUAGGGAUGAGCUGCAGGCGUUUAAGCGUGAGCGGGAAGGAGCGCGGCGCUCAGCAGCCAGCACAUCAGACUCUGAUGAGAUGGAUUAUGACUUGGAACUGAAGAUGAUAUCCACCCCAUCACCCAAAAAAAGCAUGAAAAUGACUAUGUAUGCAGACGAGGUGGAGUCUCAGCUGAAGACCAUCAG